AUGAUCGAGAUGCAGGAAAAUUUCAAAAUCACAAACAAAAUUCUUUUUACUGCUAUUAAACUGGUAGAUCAGUAUUUGGACAAAAUUGGGUACGAAGUGGAAGAUCAAGAUAUGGGAUUGAUUGGCUCAAGUGAGUAUUUUGAACUAUCAGCUUGCGCUGUGGAGAGUAGCAUAAAAUUAGCUUACAAUCAUAAAUUAUUGCAGGAAGAUUACCCUCUACCAGUCGACUUAUUUGUCUGCAUGUGUGACGAUGCUAUUGAUCUUAAAGACCUGUUGCACAUAAAGAAAGACAUGCUCUCGACUGUUGGGCAUCAUAUAGAGUAUCCGCUCUCUUGUCAAUUCCUUUGUGAGUUGAGCAAGACUCCUGUUUUGGCGAGUUACACUGGGUAUCAAGUGGACAAUGUGGAACCACUAAUGUGGGCAGUCAACCAUGCUGUAAUGAUGCGCUCAAAAAUCUAUCCCGAACUGACGGCGAGCUUCAGGAAAUAUAGCACAUUGUAUGAUUUAUUUUAUCAUUAA